AGUCACGCGCCUCGGGCUCGGCGCCGCGGCUGCAGCGGCAGCGGGAAAAAAACUUCAGGUCUUAGAGCUGAAGUAUGGCUGUCCUGCCUGACGCAUUUGGAAAUGGCCUUGAGUGCUCUCGAGUAGGCGGGACAGUGGACGUGUAAUUUUUGCCGGGGAUAAAGGCCGUCUGCUGUCCCCAGGCCACCAUGAACGCCAUCGUCGCUCUCUGUCACUUCUGCGAGCUCCAUGGCCCCCGCACUCUCUUCUGCACCGAAGUUCUGCACGCCCCACUUCCUCAGGGGGCUGGGAAUGGGGACAGCCCUGGCCAGGGCGAACAGGCUGAAGAGGAGGAAGGUGGCAUUCAGAUGAGCAGUCGGAUCCGUGCUCACAGCCCAGCGGAAGGGGCCAGCGCGGAGUCCAGCAGCCCGGGACCCAAGAAGUCGGACAUGUGUGAGGGCUGCCGGUCACUUGCUGCGGGCCAUCCCGGCUAUAUUAGCCAUGAUAAAGAGACCUCAAUUAAAUACGUCAGUCACCAGCACCCCAACCACCCCCAACUCUUCAGCAUUGUCCGCCAGGCCUGCGUGCGGAGCCUGAGCUGUGAGGUCUGCCCUGGCCGUGAAGGCCCCAUCUUCUUUGGGGAUGAGCAGCACGGUUUCGUGUUCAGCCACACUUUCUUCAUCAAAGACAGCCUGGCCAGGGGCUUCCAGCGCUGGUACAGCAUCAUUGCCAUCAUGAUGGACCGGAUUUACCUCAUCAACUCCUGGCCCUUCCUGCUCGGGAAGAUCCGAGGGAUCAUUGAUGAGCUACAGGGCAAGGCACUCAAGGUAUUUGAGGCAGAGCAGUUCGGAUGCCCACAGCGUGCUCAGAGGAUGAACACAGCCUUUACGCCAUUCCUGCACCAUAGGAACGGUAACGCCGCUCGUUCCCUGACAUCCUUGACAAGCGAUGACAACUUGUGGGCAUGUCUUCACACCUCCUUUGCUUGGCUCCUGAAAGCGUGCGGCAGCCGGCUGACUGAGAAGCUCCUGGAAGGUGCGCCCACGGAGGACACCCUGGUCCAGAUGGAGAAGCUUGCAGACUUAGAAGAGGAAUCCGAAAGCUGGGAGAACUCUGAGGCUGAAGACGAGGAGAAAGCCUCUGUUGUGCCAGACGGUGUGGAAGGACGGGAGCUGACCAAAUGCCCAACAGAUUCUUCCUUGCUCUCAGACUGUGGGAACUGGCAGCCCCGAAAGGCGUCUGUCUUUAAGUCCCUUCGGCACAUGAGGCAGGUCCUGGGUGCCCCAUCUUUUCGCAUGUUGGCCUGGCACGUUCUCAUGGGGAAUCAAGUGAUUUGGAAAAGCAGAGACGCAGACCUUGUCCAGUCAGCUUUUGAAGUUCUUCGGACUAUGCUGCCAGUGGGCUGCGUCCGCAUCAUCCCUUACAGCAACCAGUACGAGGAGGCCUACCGGUGCAACUUCCUGGGGCUCAGCCCCCACGUGCAGAUCCCCUCCCAUGUGCUGUCCUCAGAAUUUGCUGUGGUCGUGGAGGCCCAUACGGCCCCUCGCUCCAGCCUCCACCCCAUCGGGUCCGAGGAUGACCAGUCCCUCAGCAAAUACGAGUUCGUCGUGACCAGCGGAAGUCCCGUAGCCGCUGACCGAGUUGGCCCCACCAUCCUGAACAAGAUGGAAGCCGCUCUGACCAACCAGAAUCUGUCUGUGGGUGUGGUGGACCAGUGCCUCGUCUGCCUCAAGGAAGAGUGGAUGAACAAAGUGAAGGUCCUUUUUAAAUUCACCAAGGUGGACAGUCGACCCAAAGAGGACACGCAGAAGCUCCUGAGUAUCCUUGGAGCAUCCGAGGAGGACAACGUCAAGCUGCUCAAGUUCUGGAUGACGGGCCUGAGCAAGACGUACAAAUCGCACCUCAUGUCCACAGUCCGCAGCCCCACGGCCUCAGAGCCUCGUAAUUGAGCCCGCCUUGGGAAUCUGACCCACGUUCACUUUCUGAAGAGUGGGGAUUGCUAUCUUGGCCACUGAGCUCAGAGACGGGCCUUGAAGGCAGGCACAGACCAGUCCUGUUUCUGAACCGCUGGCAUGGAGCUGUUUCCUAGCAAGGAAUGGAAACUGUUGCAGCAGAACUUUGCCCUCUGUGCGGGAUUUGGGCCUGAUACAGUUUUCAGCACCAUUCCACGAGCUGGUUGAAUUGCUGUAGCCCUGAAGCGGGCACGUGGAGAUUUGGGACACUGGGUGCUCUGUGUGUGCGCACUCCUGUGGGAGAUGACCAAGGACAACGUGCAUCUCAUGUCUCUCAAGGAUUUAGAUCUCAGAAUUUAUAGGGAAAACACCUCAGGCCGGUCCCAACUUGGGUAUUUUGGCCACACUCUCAAGGUUAAUGUUUGAACCUUACUGUUCUGAAAUCCAAGACUUUUCCAGGUUUUAUAUGUCUGUGUGUAUGUUUUGCUCCAGUUGUGACUUUUCAGGACAUGUGCUGAUCCUCAGUCAUUGUUAGUAAUCUGGUUUUGAGCUCUGGGAAUGGCCUUUGUGGUGGAAUGGAUGUUUUCCUCAUCUUUGGGCCCUCCAGAAUUCAUGUUCUGGAAUUGUGUGACUUCCAAGGCUUCUGACCAUGCUCUCAGGUGGUUGCUUUGACAUUUCCCUGUGGCUUGAGGACAGGCCACUGAUCCUUCUUACACAAAAAUGAUUCUUUGCUGAAACAUCAGAUGGAGCCAUCUGUCUUGCCUGACUCACUGGAAGUGGAGUUGAGGGACCCAGCACAGUCCUCUUCCGUAUCACUUAGCCCUUUAUUGCUUCUUUAAACAUUUACAUUUGGCAGCAGGUAACAGUUUUCAGAAUAUGGUGACUUAAGAUCGUCUCCUCAUCCCAGUGUGUACCUUUAAAAAGGGUUCAUGGCUUGGAGGGGUUUUCCAGCAGUUUUGCUGAUUUGUUUAUAGUUUUUUGUGUUUGCUUAAUUUAUAUUUAACAUGGAGACUAAGUUUAUAUGACUAGGUAUCUAUCACACAAGAACGUUGAAACACAAUAAAGAUGUAUUUUUUUAAA